GAAUGACGCUUCCAGUCCACGUGUGGAUUACGUCAUACACCAACGUCUCCGCGCAUGCGCAAACCCUGACAAUUCUUACGUCACAUCCUGCUCCUGCGUCUGACGUGUCUCAAAACUGUUUUGCACAAGUGGUCGAACCGACUCGCGGGAGGGUUUACUUUCUAUUUAAGUAUUUUUGGUUACGCGGUGACAAGAUGCUCGAUUUCUUCACCAUCUUCAGCAAAGGGGGGAUAGUGUUGUGGUGCUUUCAGGGUACCGGGGUCACCGAGUCCUUUACCGGCCCCGUCAACGCGCUGAUCCGCUCCGUAAUCCUGCAGGAGCGAAGUGGAAACAAGUCGUUCACUCAUGAGGCCCUGAAUCUCAAGUAUAAACUGGACAACGAGUUUGAGUUGAUUUUUGUGGUGGGUUUUCAAAAGAUCCUGACGUUGACCUACGUGGACAAGUUAAUAGAUGACGUCCAGCUGCACUUCAGGGACCGUUAUAAGAACGAACUGGAGGAAAAGGGGGCAAUGAAGCUCCUCAACCACAGUUUCGAGUUUGAGGGUGACUUCAAAAUGCUUCUUCGAGAGGCAGAAGAGAGCAGCAAAGCUCGGAGCCCCGCACCUAUGCGCUCUUUCAAGGAGUCGGAAAAAUCCCAAAAAACUGUGAAGUCGAUGAUAGAAACAAAGGGUGGUGACAAAGAAAAGGAGCAGGGUAGCAAGAAGAGCAAGAAUACCAAAAAGGAAGAACUUGUCAAAGCGGAUGUAGGCAAAAGCACAUCUCCUGCCCCAAAGCUGGUCGAGAAUGGCACCCACGGCCUUACUGCCGAAGAGCUCAUGCAGAAGAGGCGAGAAGAGUUCUUUCGCAAGCGUACAGCCGGAGCUGCUGAAAAAGUCAGUAAGUCUCCAAAGCCUCAGAAGCCCAAGGAGAAACAGAUGCGUGUUUGGGGCAUGAGUGGUAGCAGUACCAAGGACCUGGACUACAGUGAUAAGAACGGCGAGAGUUCUAACGGUUGUGACCAAAACCAGGAUGCACCUGUUGAUCCUGGGAUGCAGCUUAACCCCAUGAAGGGAGAUCUGCAGUCUGUGGAAUGCGAUUCCAGUGACGACGAGGAGGAGGAAGAAGAAGAGAGAGUGGUUGUCAAUGCAACAGUGAAGACAAGCAGCAAGAAAAGCGGCGGUUUUGGGGGCAUGUUUGGCAUGCUGAAGGGCCUGGUGGGCUCCAAGAGUCUGAACCUGGAGGACAUGGAGCCGGUUUUGGAGAAGUUGCGGGACCACCUCAUUGCAAAGAAUGUAGCAGCCGAAAUCGCCUCACAGCUUUGUGACUCUGUAGCCAAAAAACUGGAAGGCAAAGUCAUGGGCACCUUUACCACUGUUGCCUCAACAGUUAAGCAGGCCCUGCAAGAGUCGCUGGUGCAGAUUUUGCAGCCCAAGCGCAGGGUGGAUAUUCUCAGAGACGUGAUGGAGGCGCAGAGUCAGAGGAGACCUUUCGUCGUCACCUUUUGUGGCGUCAAUGGGGUGGGAAAGUCCACCAACCUGGCAAAGAUCUCUUUCUGGCUCAUCGAGAACGGCUUCACGGUGCUGAUCGCGGCCUGUGACACGUUCCGCGCCGGGGCGGUGGAGCAGCUGAGAACCCACCAGCGCCGCCUGAACUCGCUGCACCCUCCGGAGAAGCACGGAGGCCGAGUCAUGGUCCAGCUCUACGAGAAGGGCUACGGGAAGGAUGCGGCUGGAAUUGCGAUGGAGGCCAUUGCCUAUGCUCGCAACCAGGCUUUCGACGUGGUGCUGGUGGACACCGCUGGGCGUAUGCAGGACAACGCCCCCCUCAUGACAGCGCUGGCUAAACUCAUUGCUGUGAACAUGCCCGACCUCGUGCUGUUUGUCGGGGAGGCUCUGGUGGGAAACGAGGCAGUGGAUCAGUUGGUAAAGUUCAACCAGGCUCUGGCUGACCACUCCAUGUCCGACAAACCUCGCCUCAUCGACGGCAUCGUGCUGACAAAGUUCGACACCAUUGACGACAAGGUUGGCGCGGCCAUCUCCAUGACUUACAUCACGGGCCAGCCAAUCGUGUUCGUGGGCACCGGGCAGACGUACAACGACCUGCGCAGCCUGAACGCCCGCGCCGUGGUCAGCGCCCUGAUGAAGGCUUAAGAAGGCCGGCACGCUGCGAUCUCUGUCGUCGGACAUCGAGGAAGCCAAUGCUACUACCCCCCCCCCCCCCCCCCCCCCUGCUGAAAGCCUGCGCUUACUGUCCUUUGUGCUACUCUCUCUUGUCGCUCGUCCUGUCUUUCUGUUCAGGACGCAACCCUCCCAGCUUCAGCCCGGCGUGAAAAGGACGUCUGUGCGUUUGAAAACCACACAACCAGAGGAGCCUCCCUUUUUUUUUUUUCUUUGACACUCAAAUGAUUUGGGCCCCAGUUGAAAAGAACCUCAAGUUUCGAAUUAGCGCUCCUGACUAACGGACCUCGGCUUACCCGGCAAGGACUAUUUAAACUGCAGAUAUCUGGCGUUUUGUCAGUCAUUACCCCCACCGAAACGAGGUCAGGUUGACAGCAGCUGCCCGCGCGACGCUUUGUGACCGUAGUGCCUAUUUUGUCUCCUGUUGUCAUGGUCGCCCCCCUCACACCAAGGACGUGCGGAACUACUCCGACUCAAGAGGAAAAGACCCGAGUUGGAAUCGGUUUGACCGUCUUGAAUUGGAUUUAAUUUCAAGAAAGUAAAUAAAACGGCCCAGCAAACUA